GGCAACAUUGCCAAGACAACAGGACGCUAACGCAGACCUGCUCCGGUUGAAUAAGUCCGUCGUCGUCCUGUGUAGACCAGUCUAUGGUGUAGACCUAAAACAACAUUAUCAGACGGCACGAGGAAGAGGACAAGGAGGGAUACUCAACAGAACUCUUUCAAAGUGCCUGACAGUGAAGCAUUUUUCAACUGAGUAUGAAUAAAAGAGUGAAUCAAAAAGAGGUUAGUGACAAUAAGCUCCUGGCUUUGCAAACUGAUGAGAUGAUGACCAGAACGAGGGACAAAACAGAGACAGGACUGGUCGGACACGUGAAGAAGGAAGAGGGAGAAACGGAGAAAGAAAUCAAGACGAGAACAUCUUUCAAUAAACAAGACACUGGAAGACAGGAGCUUAAGACUGCCACCAUGAAACAAGAAGCCAUUAAGAGGGACAGCAAACAUGAUUUUGUCUCCAUGGAGCGACAGAAGGCUAUUUUGCAGUAUUCUUUGAUGACAAAACAGUCUGCGAUUUCGAGGAUGGACAAGGCCAUCGCAAAAGAGGAGCGACAGCUGAAAGAGCUCGAGACAAUUCUGAAAAAAGACAACCUCAAAUUCGAAGAGGUCCUCAGGGAGAAUGAGAAGAAGUCAGUGGAGGCCAGAGCAUAUUUUGAGCUGGAGGCCAAGUCCAAACAGGAGAAGAACGUGAAGAUCAAGAAGCUGUCUGCUGAAAUAGGGUCUACAAUGAGUGACCUCAUCAAGUUCGAAGAGAUCCUGAUAGACUACAAGAGAUACAAAGAGCUUCUGUUCAAGUUGUCUCCUCCAGAGUGGCAGCAGGCCCAGACAACUAAGAGAGUUAAAAUCCUGACUUACCAAGACGCUCUGGACAAGCCGACAAUGGAGCCUGGUUUGGAGAGCAAGUUUUCCAAUCCUGGUAGUGAGCUGACCUCCAUCAGAGAGACCCAGCUGUCUUCAGCGCACAGCAACACCCUAGUGAACCCUUCUACACUGGAGAGGGACAGCUCAGAAUAUGACAAUGAUCCAGUGCUGUACUUCACUGAUCCCCAGCAGCUGCUUGACCUGGUUAAAGAGCUGACAGAGCAAAACUUGUCCCUCAUUCAGAACUCUUCAAGGUUGGUGGAGACUCUGGAGGAGUACCGUCAGUCAAUGGAGACAAACAGGAAGAAGAUUGAAAAGGACGAAGAGCAACUAACUCUGCAGAUAAACGACAUGAUCCAGAUGAUCGAUAAAGAGAAAGCAAAAGGCGCCAAGCUCAAGCAGAAGGUUCAGCUCCACAUCUCAUUAAACACAGAAGAUCAGGAUAUAAUGUGGGACACUCUGGAUGAGAAGGUAGCAGAGAUCCAUUACUGCUGUGUGGACGACAGGAUGACUAACCUCAGCACCUUGGAGAAGCUGACAAAUAUUGAAAACCAUAUAUCUUUCCUGCUGAAAAGCCUCGAGAGCAUCCCUGAAGAAAGUUUAGGGAUGAUGAGAAAGAUCAAAGACAGUGAGCGGAGAAGCAGACAUCGUGAGAACAGGCUGAAGGAGCAGAGAGAGAAACAGAAGGAGAGGAUGAAGAGGUACUUGGAGAAGUCAUUGGCUGACUCCAAGAAAAUGAGUAUGAGAAAGCUCAUGCCCAGAUGCAUGCCUGUUACCCGGAGGGUGAGAGUGAGCCAUGGGGACAACACCUCUACUGAAGAAGAGAUCUAUGCGUUUCUCUUCACACCUGAGGACAUGAAUUAAAUUAGCAAGGAGCUGUUCAGUGCAGUAAUGCAGUCAGAAUACAGUGAAGUCCAGUUAAUGCUUUAUUAUUGAUUCUGUAGAACAAAUCAUUAUUUUUUUAAAUAACAUGUAUAAAUGUAUCAAAUGUGUUAAUCUUUGUCCAACUAGGCAAUUCAGCAUCUGGCUAAUAGUCGUGUUUCUACUUAUCCCUGAAAAUGUCUUAGACUGCCUUUUUCGUGCCCUAGGAAUCAUAACCUGUUCUUUCUUACAACAGAGAAUGUGUAUGAGGGAAUCUAUAGAUCUUAAGGGGUGGCAACAAUCACUUUAAGGCGUGUUGCUAUUGACCCGAUUUGUUACAAAACAUGUAGAUCUACGCUCCUGUUAAACCGUCAAAUAACUCAACAUGUGAUAAUAUUACUUUUUAACACGACAAAACAGAACUAAGAUGUAAGAGAAUUACCUGUCAACAAAUACUUUUCAAUAAAGUCAGAAUUCUGACCUCUUCCGUAUAAAUCAGA